GUAUCAGCUAGCAAGCACACGUCUAAAAUAUAAAUCUGAAAAAUUAUACGUUAAAAUAUUAAGUUUUUCGCCGGUACUAGCACCCCACAAACUGUAUAUUCAACUCGGGUUUUUUUUUUAACAUUUUUGUUGUGAAAAAGAAAUUGUUCCACAUUCGGGUUUUACCAUUAAUACUUGACAAUCUGCCAAGAUGCGUGAAAUAGUGCACAUCCAGGCCGGUCAAUGCGGUAACCAGAUUGGCGGCAAAUUCUGGGAAGUUAUCUCUGAUGAGCAUUGUAUUGAUGCGACCGGUACAUAUUAUGGCGACAGUGAUCUGCAGCUAGAGCGCAUUAAUGUCUACUACAAUGAGGCCACUGGUGCCAAGUACGUGCCCCGCGCCAUUCUAGUGGACCUGGAACCUGGCACCAUGGACUCUGUGCGAUCCGGUGCUUUUGGACAGAUCUUCCGACCAGAUAACUUUGUCUUUGGCCAAUCUGGCGCCGGCAACAACUGGGCUAAGGGUCAUUACACAGAAGGUGCAGAGCUGGUGGACUCGGUCCUGGAUGUGGUGCGGAAGGAGUCGGAGGGAUGCGAUUGCCUCCAGGGCUUUCAGUUAACUCACUCUCUGGGUGGCGGCACUGGCUCUGGUAUGGGAACUCUGUUAAUCUCAAAGAUUCGUGAGGAGUACCCCGACCGCAUCAUGAACACAUUCUCGGUGGUGCCCUCGCCCAAGGUGUCUGAUACAGUGGUGGAACCCUAUAACGCUACCUUGAGUGUGCAUCAGUUGGUGGAGAAUACGGAUGAGACGUACUGCAUCGAUAAUGAGGCGUUGUAUGACAUCUGCUUCCGGACACUGAAGUUGACCACACCGACAUACGGUGACCUGAACCAUCUGGUUUCAGCGACAAUGUCUGGGGUUACGACUUGCCUGCGAUUCCCUGGCCAGCUUAACGCCGAUCUUCGCAAGCUGGCUGUGAACAUGGUACCCUUCCCCCGUCUUCACUUCUUCAUGCCUGGAUUUGCACCAUUGACCUCUCGAGGAUCGCAGCAGUACAGGGCUCUGACCGUACCAGAGUUGACGCAACAGAUGUUCGAUGCCAAGAACAUGAUGGCGGCUUGCGAUCCGCGACAUGGUCGUUAUUUAACAGUCGCCGCCAUUUUCCGUGGCCGUAUGUCCAUGAAGGAGGUAGAUGAGCAGAUGCUGAAUAUCCAGAACAAGAACAGCAGCUUCUUUGUUGAAUGGAUCCCGAACAAUUGCAAGACAGCGGUUUGCGAUAUUCCUCCUCGGGGUCUAAAGAUGUCGGCCACAUUCAUUGGAAACUCGACAGCCAUCCAGGAACUUUUCAAACGAGUUUCGGAACAGUUCACUGCCAUGUUCAGGAGAAAGGCCUUCUUGCAUUGGUAUACCGGAGAGGGAAUGGACGAGAUGGAGUUCACAGAAGCUGAGAGCAACAUGAACGAUCUGGUUUCAGAGUAUCAGCAGUACCAAGAGGCCACAGCUGACGAGGAGGGCGAAUUCGAUGAGGAUGAAGAGGGUGGCGGCGAUGAAUAAGAAAAUUACUUUAACCACAAGAUCAAAACCUAACACUUAUGCCAACCCAUACAUUGUUUUUUUUUCGGUUUGCACCAUUCUCAAUGAAGAGCCCAAUCGAUUGUACAUAAUUCAGAUUUGGAUUUUGACAUUUUACCCAUUCACACGCAAAAGCCUUAUCCUUUGUUAAUCUCUUGCAAAUGCCGCGCCAUCUCUUGGUUAACUAAUAAAUAUGUUACAUAUAAACUACAA